CAUAUUUUAUGGCAAGCCAAUUGGAAUUCAAUCUUAAUCAGAUUCAAGUAGACUUCAUUCUAGGGAAAAUGCCUAAGGGGUAUUCUCUUUUGUAGUCGAAUCUCCUGAAAUCACGUGAAUAAAGAGUGGUAAAAUUUCCCUCCUUAUUAGUGGAAUAGCCGAAAAAGGUGAACAAAUACGAUGCUUCGUUCCAAAGCAACAAAUAAGAAGUAGUCGAAGAUAAAAGCAAGAGAUCUCAAAGAAUUGCUCCGAUUCAAAAGGAAUAGGUCAAAAUUCAAUUGGAUGAUAAUUGCAAGAAGGGAUUAUAACUCCUUCAAAAAUUCAAAUCCCAUCCAGCAUUUAAUGAGAUUAAUGCUUCUGGGUAUUUAAAUAUCGAUAAAAUUGAAGCUUCCUUCAAAUAGGAGGGUAUUACUUACUUGUAAAUUAAAAGGUAAUUUGAUGAAUCUUUGGAAUCAAAUUAGAAUCGCAUUACAAAGACUAACCUAAUCUGCUUCAUCCACCCAAAUGCAAGAUCAAGUCACUUUAUUAGAAAAUCACUUUUAUCAUGUUUUUAAGCCAAUCUAAAAUGAAUAAAAAUAAACACCCACAUCUACUAAGUAUAUCUUCAUCAUAACAUGAUUAGAAGCAUCCCUAUCAAUAACAAAGUCAGCUCAAAUAAAGUGAAGGAACCUUAAUCCUCAAAAAAAUAAGAUACUCACAUCACAUUCGAAGAAAAAAGAUAAUUGGGACAAUACAUACGAGAAUUACCUUAAGAACAUCUGAUGGGAGUCUGGGAAAUAGUGUAGUAAAGUGUUUAAAAUCAAGAAGCUGAAGAAUUAGAAUUUGAUAUUGAUUAAUUGCCAGCCAAAGUCAUCCGUAAAUUGUAUGAGUAUGUUCAAUCCAAAUUGUAUCAUAUCAAUUUAAUAACAAAUAGAAAAACUAAAAAGGUUAAAGUUGAUCCUUCAAUCAACUACAGCUCCUAAAAAUCAAACAACUAAGAAGAUAGUUCUUUUCCCUCUGAGUCCUCUGAUUGA